CUUUGUCAUUACAACAUUGACACUAAUGUGUGUUUGUGUGUUUCAACAGGCCAAGUACCACGAGGACUUUGAGCGAGCGCGCGGUCGAGGCUGCACUCCGGGAUUGGACGAUCCCAGCAUGGAGCGCUACCAGAGAUCCAAUCAGAUGAUGGGAGAGGCGGGUUACGGCAAAGGGAUCCACCCCCAGGUGAUGGAGCUGGACAGACGACCGGGAGGCAUCAUCGUAGACCUGAAGGUGUGGAGGACAGACCCCGGCUCCAUAUUUGACUUUGACCCUCUGGAGGACAACGUCCAGUCCAAGAGCCUCCGCAGGAUGUCUGAGCGGGCAGGCCGCAGACUGAGCCGACAGCACUCGCAGCAGUCUCUCGCCCACAGCCAGGCUCAGUCUGUCAGCUCUCUGACCUCUGACCUCUGGGACCACAGCAGCGCUGACACCCCUGGUAUCUUUCUAUUCGCUCAGACACACACCGCAGGCUGAUGGACGCACAUGUGCAAACUGUUGUGUUCAUUCUGUGACAAGAUAAGAUCAAACUUUAUUGAUCCCACCCCAGGAAAGUUCACUUGUUACAGCAGCACGUCAGAAUGAGGCCGACAA